CAGCCAGUCGGUUUUCCGGCUGCUAGACCAGGCGGACGCCAUAUUGCUCGUGGCCGAGUGGUGGCGGCGGCCGCCUGUGUGUGUUUAUAUCGCGUCGCUCUUACGCGGUUUCCGCACGUUUUCGCACCGUGGUCCGUCGACGCCCGCGGAUUCCCGUCGCUGGCGACGUGACGUUUACCGCGUGUGCCGGGUGCGCGCGUCCGCGCGUUACGCGACGUGCGCGAAACGGAGUGGCCCGUUCCGGUUAAAUUCGCAUUCGACAACAAAACACAGUGCGCGGCGACGUCCGGUCGUGUUUCGCGGAUCCCCUAUACGCGGCGGUAAUUCGCGGAUUUUCGAGCGGCGUUCCCCGGCCCGUGCGAAGGGAAGUGACAGACCGCGUGAGACCGCGGCGGGCAGUCGUGUUGUCGUUGUCGUCCGUGCCGCUCUCUCGCCCGUUUUCCGCGGUGCCUCGCGUUUUUCAGUCUCUCCGUCUCUCUCUUUCCCCCGUCGCUCCGUAUUGGACCGUUCCGGAGCACCGACAGCUCCGCGCCUGGAGUCGCCUGUGUUUCUCGCCGCUCGUCUCGUCUCGUCUCGUCUCGUCAACCCCCUGCGAGGACCACCACCUGGGAAGGAUGCCAGUGCGUAAACAAGGUGGUGAGUCUAAUCACUUUAUCGACGGUCAAGAAGUUCCUGUAACUAUGGGCUUCACGCAUCGUCCAGCCCGAAAGAAUGCAGAAGCUCACCGAGCUCUGGAGCUUCUCGAGGAUUACCAUGCCAAGCUGACGAGACCGCAAGACAAGCAGUUGCGAUUAGCCAUCGAGCGCGUUAUACGGAUCUUCAAGAGCAGACUCUUCCAAGCGCUGCUAGGUAAGUUAAUGUAUAUUCCUCGUUUGUUCCUUCGACGAAAAAACCGAUUUAAAAUUAUUCUGCAAAUUCCGCAUGCGAAAACCGAUUUAUUUCAUCGCAAAUAAGAAAUUAAUCAGUAGAAUAGUUUUGCUGAAGUUAAAUUUAUGCCGGAACUACAUUCAGUUCUAAGUUCGAA